AUGGACUACUUCACCAACAAGGAUAGGAGAUCGGGACCGGCUCAGUGCGCUGACAGCGGCCCGGAAAGAGUGCUCCUGUACUGUUCUCCUGAUGGGGUGAUCAGCGCCUCCCCUCCUCCUCACACAGUUCAGCUCCAGUCUGAGGCCUCAGGAGGGAUGGGGGACACCUCACAGGGAGGUGUACCGCCCCUGUCCCUGUCCACCCCCAGUGCUCUGCUGUGGAAUCCCCCACCCCCAGAGAUCUGCCACCCAACCAGACCCAAGCGCCAAACCAACCAGCUCCAGUAUCUGCUCAAAGUAGUGCUGAAGACAUUAUGGAAACACAACUUUUCAUGGCCCUUUCAAGCCCCUGUGGAUGCAGUUCAACUCAACCUGCCUGACUACUAUAAGAUCAUCAAGACUCCUAUGGACAUGGGUACCAUCAAAAAACGCCUGGAGAACCACUACUACUGGAAUGCCCAGGAAUGCAUGCACGACUUCAACACCAUGUUCACCAAUUGUUACAUCUACAACAAGAUUUGCCUGGAAUUCAAAAGGAUUGUGGGAAAAGACUUGCAGCAGGAGUUUUAUUCUGCCCUUGAUGAUCACCGUACCCGUCUUAUGGAAAUCUUUAAAGCGAAGAGGGGCAACGUGGGCGAACAUUUGGCACAGCUUUUGCAGCAAAUGCAGUCACUGGAUCCCACAGAAAAAAGGACUGUCGCGCUAAGAGGGCUUCCACACCUACUCGGAGACAAUCCCACUGAGUUCUUCAAAUCAAGCUCUGAUGGUGAUGAGUCCUUUGGCCAAAUGGAUGUUGGAAUCUUGCUGGUGAAUCCUGAAGUGCAGAACCAUCCAUAUUUCAACAAGAAGAAGGACAAAGAAGAAACGAGUCCUCUCCUUCAAAGCAGACCUUGA